CGCUGUCAGUUUGUCGUUUUUUAAGACGCUAACAUUUGAAAAUUCUCACUCUGGCUGGAACUUCUUUACAGGUAACUAUUGACAUUUGAAUUCAGACUGUCAAUUUGUGUCGUGUGUUUAAUCACUCUUUUAGUAAUGAGCAAUCUGAGCUGUGUGUGUGACGUGAUGGUGCUAAAAGCUACGAAUAACAUUAAAAUAUUUCUCCCGGUUGUCGGCAGCCAUCUUUAAACAUGAUGGUCAAUAUGUCAGCUCCUUCCCCAUCAUCGACGUCACCGGCAAGUCAUCAAAGUUGCUCAGCUGAACGGGAAUCACUUUCUAAUUAAAUGCUGUCCCGUCACAAAAUUCUCCUUAGGGAGACGAAUCAGGAGCAACUUGACCCUUGACCUCACCAUCUCAUCAUGCUGUUCCUGGCGCACACAGCCCACUGGCAGUUUCUGGGCUUGCUGAUUGGUUGCUUGGCGUGGAUCCUCACCAUGGCCACGGCGGGCAUGGACGAGUGGCGUCUGUGGCACGUAAACCCCGACAACCUCACGUCCGUCAUCACCUCGGGCGUGGCCUGGGUGGGCAUCUGGCGGGCGUGCUUCCACAGUCAUACCCUGCCCAAGAUGGAGAACUGCCAGAGUAUGGGCAUCUCAGACAGCUUUGUCCCGGUGGAGAUCCGGGUGGCGCAGGUUCUCAUGGUGCUGGCCAAGCUGGGCGGCCUGAUGAGCAAUGUCGCUGCAGUGCGGGCGGUGAGGCGGGUUUAUUUCUCGUUGGAGCGUCGCGGCAGCGUGCGUGGGGUCUUCAUCCUUGCGGGGGCGCUCUAUCUCCUCACAGCGGUGCUCGUUUUGAUCCCCCUGGUGUGGAACGUGGGCGCGGUGGCGAGCAACGCUACCAUCCCCUUCCCACCUAGGUUCAGGCUUCCCGCUGCUCCAGCUGAACAGCGAGUGGGCACGGCCGUCAUGAUGGGUUUCCUGGGUACCGUCCUCAUGCUCGUCAGCGCGCUGCUCUUUCUCGCUCACCGAUACGUGUGGCGGACUCUCGAACCCGAGCUCCAUGGACGGGGGGUGGCUCAGGAGGACAAGCGAGGCAGGGAUAAUCCCGAUUUUCAUCCUGAUGAAGUGUCGGGAUGGUAACCUUUUC